AUGAUCCUACUCACGUUCGCCCUCCUUUCCGCUUCGGCUGUAUCUGCGAAUGCACGCAACUCGUCCCUCAAGACCGUCAAUCUCGGUUACGCAAAGUAUCAGAGCGAUGUCUCGCUGGCAGAAGGCGUGACAAGCUUCCUUGGAGUGCGGUACGCGGCACCGCCUGUUGGAGAUCUUCGGUUCCGCGCUCCUCGAGCGCCGUCUCAUAUCCAAGGAGUGCAAAACGCGACUCAACAACCGAAUCAAUGCUGGCAAGACGCUGGCGAAGGACAGACGGCGUACAGCCCAUACUUCAAGCGAGAUACAGACCCUGAACCAGCCUCGAAUGAGGAUUGUCUCUUCCUCAACGUCCAUGUGCCCUCUUCGCUCGACCUAAGUGAGAAAGCGCGCAAGAAAGAGGAUUUACCGAUUCUCGUCUGGAUACAUGGUGGCGGCUACGACUCGGGCAGUAACGCUUUCUACCCAGCGGAGCUAUUCGUACGCGACUCGGGGCACAAGCUGAUAUCCGUCAAUAUACAAUACCGCUUGGCGGCCUUUGGCUUCUUGGCAGGGAAAGAGGUAAAGCGUCACGGAAAUCUCAACGCUGGUUUGCUCGACCAGCAGUUCGCGCUCGAGUGGAUCCAGAAGCAUAUCCACAAGUUUGGGGGUGAUCCCAACAAGGUGACUAUCUAUGGUCAGUCUGCCGGCGCCGGCUCUGUGCUGCAACAUCUCGUUGCCCACGGCGGUCAUACCGAGCCGCCGCUCUUCCGCGCGGCAAUGAUGAGCUCCCCAUUCUUGCCCUUCCAGUUUGCAUACGACGAUCCGGUCGCAGAGAACGUAUACGAAGCGCUAGCAAAGAACGUCAGUUGUUCCUCGAGCAAGAACACGUUGGACUGUUUGCGCGACGUGAGCCCGGAAAAGCUCAUUGCGGCCGACCUCGGAGUCGCCGAUGCCAACUUCAUGGGGACGUUCACGAUGAAUCCCGUCGUGGAUGGCGAGCUCAUCGUUGAGCGCCCGACUAUAACUCUGCGCAAGGGUCAUACCAAUGUUGACACCGCUCUUGUUUUCUCUAAUACGCACGAGGGCACCGUCUUCGUCAAUCCUCCCACCUUGAUAGCCGACAACUUCACUCUCGACAAGUACAUCUCGACGAUGUUCCCUCGCCUUACCCACAAGGAAGUCAAUACUGCCGUUUCCCUGUACUCCGAUGCUGGAUUCACCAACAUCACCGAUACAUCUGCUCUGGUCAUGGGAGAGUCUAUCUUCAUAUGCCCCGCUUAUGAUGUGCUUGACGCGUUCCCCAGCAAGGUCUGGAAGGGCCUGUUUGCGAUCCCGGCUGGUAUCCACGGCGAAGACUUGAACUACCUCUUCACGAAUCAAACAUUCUACGGCAACCCGACGACGUUUCCCAACACCGACUUCCAGCACGCGUUCUCGCAGGCGUUCUUCGCGAUGGCUACCGCGCUGAACCCAAGCGUUGCGCCUGUGCCGCCGGUCAUCACCCCAAGCUGGCCGACAUGGAGUCAGAGCGGUCUAGAGAUGCUCUUCAAUCAGACGGAGGGUGAAGAUCCUCAACCUGUGGUCCGGACGAUGAAGACGGAUGAGCAGGUGUUGAAAAGAUGCAGCUUCUGGAGUAGCGUCGCUAGCAAGAUCGCGCAGUGA